AUGGUGCAUGCCAUCUAUAUCGACUUCAAAAAGGCCUUCGAUAGUGUGCCUCACCACCGCCUUCUAUACAAACUUAGCCGUGCAGGGGUGCGGGGUAAGCUUCUGAUGUGGAUUCGGAGCUUUUUAAUCGGCCGCUCUCAAGCCGUCCACGUCGGUGACCAACAAUCUGCCGAGGUUGCCGUUAAGAGUGGUGUUCCCCAAGGCUCUGUUCUUGGCCCUACGCUGUUCCUAGUAUACGUCAAUGACUGCGCAAACGAACUGAAUUGCGAUGUCGCAAUGUUUGCCGAUGACAUAAAGAUCUGGAGUACCAUACGAAGCGAAGUUGACGAGGCGCGACUGCAGACAAAUCUGGACCACCUCGAGCAAUGGUCGAAAGACUGGCUUCUACCGUUCAACGUAAACAAGUGUACUUUCCUACGCGUCGGCAGAACCAGUUCCCCUAACCACACGGUCUACCGUCUGACUGGCAAACCACUGCAAGAAGUCGACGCCCAGAAGGACUUGGGUGUAUGGAUCACAACCUCGCUUAAGCCUUCGCUGCAAUGUUCAAAGGUGGCCAAGUCGGCGAUGUCCAUGCUAUACCUUGUCAAACGGGCGUUCUCCUCCUUUGAUGAAGACUGCUUCGCCAAGGUCUUUCAAACUUUUGUGCGACCGCAUCUGGAGUUUGCUAUCCAAGCAUGGCGACCCUGGACCGCUAAAGACUUGGGCAUACUCGAAAAAGUUCAACGGCGAGCAACGAAACUUGUAUCUGGGCAGUGUUCACUACCCUACGAAACACGAUUAGCUAAUCUUGACCUCUUUCCUUUGAAUUACAGACAGCUACGUGGGGACCUCAUACAAGCUUUCCGCAUCGUGCGCAAUCAGGGCUGCUGCCUCGCGUUUGGAGACUUCUUCGAGUUGGCGACUACGACGAACCUGUGA